AUGAUCUUCUCCGUCGACAAUUUUCCAUUUAAGAUCAACCCCGUUCGCAAAAGAUUUAGAUUAAUCUUCAUUCCAAUAACAAUAUGGUUAUUAGUCAUUGUAUAUUUCAUCCUGAAAGCAGGAUAUAUUCAUCUUCUUCCUAAUUCGCAACAACCAGUACACGACAUUCAACGACAAAAUGCAUUCGCCACAAACCCUGAAGAUGUAACAGUUGAAGAUUAUACAGCGGAUCCUGCAUAUUUAAAGUUAUCUACAGAAUAUAAUGAUUUACGAGAAAUAGAUGAACUGUCUUCUGGUAUAUAUGAACAGAUAUUUAAUCAUCAUUCAUUAAGUUCUGUAUUGGGGAAAUUAGACCUUCAUGAUCGUUGUCAAUUAUUCUUCAAAAAUUUAUUAAUUAAUGAUACAAAUUGGUAUUAUGAUAUUCAUAGAAAUUGGAGAGUGAAUUAUAAUACUGAUAAAUUUCGAGAUUUUAAACAAGCUAGACUUGAAGAAUCGAGAAACCAACAGGAAAGAGAGACAGAAGAAGUCACUUCCAGAAAAAGAAUACUGAAAGAACAGAACGCUGAUAUAGAAGAGAAAAUAAGGAAAGAAUACGAAGGGAUAUGGAAUAAGCAAGUGGAACGUACUUUCACAAAUUGGGUUUCCGUAUUCCGUAUAUUUAAUAAAUGUUACGUCACAGACAAUAAUAAUACUCAAACUGCGCUGGUCAAGCGUCAUAUCAGUCAUCAAAAGAAGGUAUUAAACCUGGCAGGUAGUACUGGUAAUUUCGCAUCCACAGAAAGCGAGGAUAGAACUAAUGUUGGAGAUGAUGGAAG